ACCUUGCUCCUUAUUUCUGUGUAAUCUAAGGAGCCAUUUCCUGUCAUCGCGGGCUUUUGCCUCGUGAAAUUUUGACUUGGUUGGCCGGCUUCGAAGACCUCACCCGUUAACAUGGAGGAUUCAACCAUGACCUCUGGCGACCUGGCUACUCAAGGCAAUCCCGUGCCUACUGAUCAAGAGGGCCAAACUGGCAGUGACUCUCAGUCCCCGGGCCGCGUUUCGGCCUCCCAAUCCAGGCCAAUAUCCUCUGAUAAGAACGAUCAAAAUGGAGCUGCAUCAGACAAUCCUCUUGAUGCGCCUGUAUCGCCCAAACCUCAGAAUGAACAGACUGAACCGGAGGACGAAGAGAUGGGCGGAACAGAGCCAGACGGUGGAAAGGAGACCGGGCAAAGCGAACCCACAGGAGCUGCAGCCUCACAGGUAGAUGGACCGAGCGAUGCACCGGGCGACGAAGCAAAAACCACUGCAGAAACUUCGGCGCGCUCGAAUCUAGUUUCUCAGACACAUGCGAUUAUUCUUCCAAGCUACACAUCGUGGUUUGAUAUGAACAUCAUCCAUGAUAUGGAGAAAAAGGCUCUUCCCGAAUUUUUCAAUAACCGCAACCGUAGCAAAACACCAUCUGUCUACAAGGACUAUCGAGAUUUCAUGAUCAACACUUAUCGUCUGAAUCCUGUCGAGUACCUUACGGUAACAGCGUGUCGGAGAAAUCUUGCAGGAGACGUUUGCGCGAUUAUGCGUGUGCAUUCCUUUUUAGAAAAUUGGGGCUUAAUAAAUUAUCAGGUUGAACCGAGCUCUCGCCCUUCCAACAUUGGGCCACCGUUCACAGGCCAUUUCAGAAUUAUUGCUGAUACCCCUCGUGGCCUCCAACCUUUCCAGCCAGCACCCAAGGCUUUCGUUACUCCAGGUAAACCCCAUCCAUCUACAGAGAAAGCCGCCGCAGCGGCGCCUCCUGUUAAGGCCGAUCUAAAUCUUGAAAUUCGCCGUAAUAUCUUCGAUGACAAAGGGAAGGAAGUCACUAGUGAUGAUAAAGAUAAACAAGACAAACAAACAAACGGUGAUAAAACGGUCACCAACGGCACAAGCACCGACUAUUCUGCCAAAGGCGUGGAUGGUGCGGCACGAGCAAAGCAGAUCGUGAAUUGCCAUUCCUGCGGAGUCGACUGCACUAGGAUUAGAUUUCAUUACUCAAAAUCUGCCCCAGUUUCGACUAGUGGUAACCCGGCAGACUUGAAAUAUGACCUCUGUCCUACUUGUUUCUUGCAAGGCCGUCUCCCUGCAUCCCAUCAGGCAUCGGAUUUCGUGAAGAUGGAGGACUCCAGUUAUACCACAAUUCCAGACCGCGAUAGGCCUUGGUCUGAUUCCGAGACCCUUCUCCUCCUCGAAGCUUUGGAGAAUUUUGAUGACGACUGGCGAAAAGUGGAGCGACACGUUCGCACUCGUACGGCGGAGGAGUGCGUGAUGAAGUUCUUACAACUGGAGAUCGAACCUAAUUACAUAGACGAUUCCGCAGAGAAUGAUCCGUUACAACAAGCAUUGAUGGCUGGACGAGAUCCGAUUAGUCAGUUGGAAAAUCCAAUUCUUUCAGUGAUUGCACACUUGGCCCAAUUGGCAGAGCCAACAGUUACAGCUGCGGCUGCGGGUCGCUCCAUUGAAGAAAUCAGGCGCUCGAUGCGAAAGCAAUUAGAAAAGGGGUCUACUGAGGAGACUUCCCCCGAGGAGAAGCCAGUGGAGAAGGAUCGAAAUGAAGAGGCACCACGUGCUGAAGACUCCAUGGAGAUCGAUACUGCCAACGAGGGCGAAUCGACCGCCGUGGUCUCAAGUUCGUCGAAAGAGAAGAAAUCUACCCCUUCAAUUCCGUCUAUCGCCAUUGCUACCUCUGCCGCUCGUGCUGGAGCGCUGGCCUCUCAUGAAGAGCGUGAAAUGACUCGACUUGUUGGAGCAGCGGUGAAUAUCACCUUGCAGAAGUUCGAACUGAAACUAGCACAAUUUACAGAACUGGAGCAGAUCCUUGAUGCUGAACGUAAAGAGCUAGAGAUUGCUCGACAACAAUUGUUCCUUGACCGAAUGGCGCUCAAAAACAGGAUCAAGGAAGUGCAGGAUGCAUUCCAGGCCAUAAGUCUCGAAGGACCGGAGGCCGCGGCAGUAAAAGCUGCCGAAGUUAGAACCCUUGGACAAGGAGCAGAGCAAUACCAAUUUCAGGCUCCUGGUGCGCAGUACGGAACAGUUCAGCCACUUAGUGCGGCAGGUGGUGACUACAAAGCUUUCGAGCUGUGAAGAGAGUAGAACACCCUCUCAUGCAUUCCAGGGGGGCUUGGAUGGUGUCACUAUGUUUUAGAACAAGCUAUCGGCUGGCGUUUUACGUACCAGUGGUCUACUACUUUGUUUUACUUUUAUUUCUGAUGUUGUUUUCAUGGUGAGGCGAGAAUCUGGUACCGGUUUACGGGAUUAUGGGUUGUUUCAAGCCGGUGGCGCCAUUUUGCAAUUGGGGUUGCAAGUUCCCCGGAAUCUCUUCUUCCUUUUCGGUUCGCUCAAGAUUCACUUGGGCUGCUGCUUAUGGACUUGUGUACUAUCAGAAGUUUUAAGACAGAUUUUGUUUUGUGUCAGUUAUGGUGCUGGAUGUUUUAGGCGUGAAACUUGGCCCUUUGAAAAUUUUUU